UCAUAGCGGAUAUGAGCUAUUCACUUCACUUAACCCGGUUCACCACUCAAACUUUGCAAAUUACAAAAAUUAGUAAUCACAACCGGCGCACCGCUUUGACACAACACACUUCUAAACGACGGCUCCCCAAUUGGAGCAAGUACGUGUGAAUGUGCGUAUGACUUUUCAAUGAUUUGAAGUUGACAUUUUUUAAGAGAGCUACUAGUAAAUUCGCAAGUCGUGUUUGCAAUAAAAGGAGUCCACUUAUAAUUAACUUCAGCUGUUAAGACUUUAAUUACUAUUAACUGAUAAAAGCGAAGACAAUCAAAAAUGGCAGCGAAACCAAAAGAAAACAGCAGUCUGCUUGUAUCGGCGGUUUUCUCCUGCAUGCUGAGCUUGGUAAUAUUCUGUAUGAUGCGUUUUUAUGCCGAAUGGAUUGUUACCUCACAGAUGCAUGUUAUGCUAAUUGCGCUCAUUGGUGCAUUGCUAUUUCUUCUCGCACUUGCAACUGUUUCUAGAACUGUGAUUAUGGUAUUUGGCAGCGAGUUUCAUGCUAAAUUCAUACCCGAUAUAAUGGCUUGUGUGGCACUUGCAGCGGCAGCAUUUGGUGUUGUGCAUCGUGUUUGCACUACGACUUGGAUUCUCUUUGGAAUUGUGGCAGUAUAUGUGGUGAAUCGCAUCUUUAACAAAUUUAUUGAUAAAGCGUCCAUGCCGGAGGAUAUGUCAUCACGCAAAUCAGAGAAAAUGAAGAAAAAGUUAAAGCGUCAACGUAUAUAAUAAAAUAAUAAUAACCACAAUAGGAAUAUUGAGACAAUCGAUUUUUUGAUUCAGUAACAACGGUAUUUUUGAAAUAGAAAUUACUGGAUUUUUUAAAGCGUUAACGGUUUUAAAUAUCAACAUAAAAACAUUUUUAUAACUAUUUCCAUAUGUCAAGCAUUUUAAUAAAAACAAAACUAAGCUUAAUUGCGU